AUGUUAGCGGUGGGUCAGAUGGACGGGUCCCGACAGAGCGCCUUCCUCCUCAGCACCCCUCCCCUGGCAGCUCUGCACAGCAUGACGGAGAUGAAGACCCCCCUGUACCCGGCCUACCCGCUCUCCUCCACCUCCCCGGCCACCACCUCCCCCAACCCGGGUGGCAUGGCCGCGUCCUCCCCGGGCAUCAAGAGCUCCACGUCGGGGCUCGGCUCCCCCCAGCAGUGCUCCUCCGCCACCCCCCACGGGAUUAACGACAUCCUCAGCCGGCCCUGCGUGUCCUCCGCCGGCGGCACGGCGGUGGUGGCCGCCUCCUCCUCGGCGGGGAUCCUGUCGGGUCUGCCCCGCUUCAGCAGCCUCAGCCCCCCGCCGCCCCCCGGACUCUACUUCAGCCCCGGCGCGGCGGCCGUGGCCGUGGCCCGGUACCCCAAACCUUUAGCGGAGCUCCCGGGGAGGACGCCCAUCUUCUGGCCCGGGGUCAUGCAGGGUCACUGGAGGGACGCCAGGUUUGCGUGUUCGCCCCAUCAGAACUCGGUGCUGUUGGACAAGGACGGGAAGAGGAAACACACCCGGCCCACCUUCUCCGGACAACAGAUCUUUGCGCUGGAAAAGACUUUUGAACAAACUAAAUACCUGGCGGGGCCCGAGAGGGCCAGACUGGCCUACUCACUGGGAAUGACGGAGAGCCAGGUCAAGGUGUGGUUCCAGAACCGGAGGACCAAGUGGAGGAAGAAGCACGCGGCCGAGAUGGCCUCGGCCAAGAAGAAGCAGGACUCGGAGACGGAGAGGCUCAAAGGCACUUCGGACAUCGAGGAGGAGGACGACGACUACAACAAACCUCUGGACCCGAACUCGGACGAUGAGAAGAUCACGCAGCUGCUGAAGAAACACAAACCGGGCUCUCUGGUCGCGCACACGUCGGAGAACGACAGCUCCUAAUCCCCAUGGCUCUUUUUUACAUUUCAUUUCCCAACGACACGAACUCUGGGAGUCGUGGACUUUGUGGGACCUUCUGGUUUUGGUUCUUUGCACGAGACG